CGAACUUGAACUGACACAAUCUUACAGAAUUGAAACUGACUGGCUGUUGAAUCUUUUGCAGGUCUGAAGAAGCCUUUGGAAAAGAUAGAAAUGGAAAAGCCUGAAAGCAGUAACGAGCAGCUGGCAUCGAGGGCGUUUAGCCCUGAGGGACCGUCUAACAAUAAUUUGGAAACUAAAAAGACAGCAGGGCUGAAGAAGAAUGAGGUUUAUAUCGGAAACCUGCCAUCUGACAUCACAGAGGAUCAGAUCAUGCAGCUGUUUGCGGCCUUUGAACCUGUGACGGUUCGCAGAAUAGUAUCGGGGCUGAAGUGCUUUGCGUUUGUGGACGUGGGGGAUCCUCAGAACAUGAUGCUGGCCGUCAGCCACAUCAACAACACCAUCUACUGUGGCCGCCGACUGAUCGUCAGAGACCUGGUCAAAUCCAGGAGCUGUGAGAGACCACUGGAAUUAUUGGACCAGGAGUUACUGCCCUUGGAGAAGGUGGACAACGACUCGGACAAAGCUCCCAGAGCCGUGCCUUGCCCUGGAAGAUCCAGAGACAGAAGCGAACCCGUUUAUGCGGUGCCUUUGGAGAUGAGGAGUUUGCUGCAGGUGGAGAUGCUCUCCAGCUGUUUCAAGACCACGGAGUGGAUUGUGGAGAGCGCCAGUGUCCGCGGGGAGGUGGGACUGAUGGUCAUGGAGACCUUCCCUCAGAUGCCCUUCUUCUGGGCCAUGAACCUGACUCCGGAGACCUACAUGAAGAUGUGCCAGUUGUUCACCGCUCUGUCCGUGGUGACGCAAGACCAGCCCUUCCUGAUGAAAGCCGAGGUCCAGAGAGGCCGGCGCUGCAUGGCCGAAUACCCAGGAGAGAGCGGGGAUUGGAAUAGGUGCUGGAUCGUGGACGUGGUGGAGAAUAAAGUAAUUCUGCUCUACGUGGAUUCGGGCAACACGGCGUGCGUGCCGGCAGCGGCUGUCAAGUCUCUGGACAAAGACGAGUUCUGGGACGUCCCUCCCCUGGUGCAACCCUUCGUCCUGCAUCAAGGCAAGUCUGCUGACGGUCGCAGCUCCACUGAAGUCCCCUUGAGAUGA